CGGACACGUGAUGGAGGAGGAGGCGGCUGCUUGGAGAGGGCGGAGGGAGCUUCUCCGGCGGCGCUGCCGGGAAGGCUCAGAUCGGCGCAUCCUCGCCGCGGAGAGAGGCAAGCCGCAGACACAGGCGGGCACAGUCGCCGCCGCCGCGAGAGGCAGGACUCGCGCGUGGAGGCGAGCGGCAAGAUCCCGGCGAUCGCCCCGCGGGAACCCGCAGCCCUGGACGUGCCGGCGGCGGAGCUGCUGCUGCAGCCGGGGUCCCCCCUCCAGCCGUGGGGCUGGCCCCCCAACUGCUCCCCCUCUCCGCGCCGCCGGACCCAAGCUGCGCUGCCGCGGACGCCCCGCCGGAGGAGGACGAGGACGCUUGUCUUGGGAUUAUAGCAGCACUCACUCCCCGCUUCAUUUAUUGGGGGGGGGGGGUCUCUUAUUCCCGCCGCCCCUCCGUUCCGAUCCUGCCGCGCCUCCUCCCUUCCCUGCCUCUCUUUCUUUCCUUGGAUCCUAAUUCUUUUUUUUGGGGGGGGGAUCUUUUGCAUCCCAGGUUGCUGGGCCCCCCCUCUCCCUUUGUGCCCUGUGGAAUAUUUUCGCACUGCCUACCCCCCCCCGCCACCCCUCCACUGACCCGUCUCUUUCAUCGUUUGGCACCCAUUUUUGUUUUGAGGCGGGGGGGCGGCUUGCACUUGGGGGUCCCUGGUUGUCCCCACACCCCGCCCCGCGCACUCAGUCCUUCGGAAUUUACCUUAAGCCCCCCCAACCCCCCCCCCGCUCCAGCUCAGUCAUCUAGAUCGCCCCUGCCUAUCAGGGAAUUUAAGCCUCCCCCCCUUUUGGGGGUGCGUGUGAGAGAAAUCGGGGGUGCCCCUUGCGAGGCAUCGGUGGGACAACCCCCCCGUUGGCUUGACUCCGCUUUCCGACCCGGAGUGCUUGGAUUGGGUUUAUACGGCGCCGCCGCACCCCGGAUUCCGCCAUGGCCGUGCCAAGCCGGACGCCCUCGGUACCCGCCGCCCUUCUCUGCUGCAUCGGGGCGUUGAUCAGCCACGCCCAGGCCAAAGCUCCCCCGACCAGUUCCGAGCCCCCGGAGACCCCCCCACCUUCGGGAGCAGCCGUCCUCCUGGUGAGCUACCGCCUCUCCAACACCCGCCUGGCCUUCUUCCUGAAGGAGACGGGGCCGGGGCCGGGCGGGAACAGCAGUAUGGGCCUGACGCGGUCCGAGCCCUUCGUGGUGUUCCAGACGAAGGAGUUGCCCGUCCUCAACGUCUCUCUGGGGCCUUUCAGCUCCAGCUUGGUGCUGCCCAAGGAGCUCCUCCAGCCCUCCAGCACCCUGGAGAUCCCCUCCCGCCUGACGGUGAACUGGAAAGUCCGGGCCUUCAUUGUCCGGGCACGGGUGCCGGCCAGCCAGCCCACGGCCCAAGUCUUGUUCUACGUGGCCGGGCGCGACUGGGACGACUUUGACGUGACCGAGCGGCUGCCGUGCGUGCGCCUCCACGCCUUCCGCGACGCCCGGGAGCUCCGGGCUUCCUGCCGCCUGCGGGGCAGUUUGGCCACCUGCCUCGCCCAGGCCGAGCUCCCGCAGGCCUGGUUUGUGCCUCCCGCCGUGCCUUUGGGGCGCCGGAAAGCGCCGGACGGGAUUGAGCCGGUGGGCGACAUCCAGCAGGUGGAGCUGUACUACACGCUGCACGCGCCUGACGGGAUGGGGGAGUGCGGGGGUGAGCAGGGGGGCCGGCGGGGCGGUGCAGGGGCCCGGACGGAAGGCCCCACCCAGCACCCGCUGCUGCGUAUCGGCAGCUUGAGACUGGUCCAGCCGCCGCCCACCCCGCCUUUGCAAGAGCAGCGUCUAGACAACAACGUCUUCAUCCGGCUCCCCGAGAAGCCCCUCAAGCCAGGCGAGGUGCUGAGCGUCGUCCUUUACCUGAUGGGCAAUUCGACAGUCGAGCACUUCACGCUCAGGGUGAAGGCCAAGAAAGGGGUGAACCUCAGGAGCACCAGAUCCAGAAGCCCCCAGUGGCUGGUAAAUUCGGAACUCCAGACGGGGAGCAAGCACUCGACAUCGACAGUGGACGUGACUUGGCUCAGCGAGGCCCUGCCCAGGGAGACAGACUCCUCCUACGAAAUCAUGCAGCUGGACUUUGAGAUGGAAAAUUUCACCAGCCAGUCCGUCACCCGGCGCAUCAUGUGGCAUGUGGAUUACCGGGGCCGCAACCCACCGCCUGAUCUGGAGAAGGCCGUGACGGAGCUGACAGUCAUCCAGAGGGACAUCCGCACCAUCCUUCCCUUGGCCAUGGACACAGAGAUCAUCAACACAGCCAUCUUGACUGGUCGGACCGUUGCCAUCCCUGUGAAGGUCAUUGCCAUUGAGAUGACGGGUGCAAUCCUGGACGUCUCGGCCAUGGUGGAGUGCAAGUCAAGCAAUGAGGAUAUCAUCAAGGUGUCCAGCAGCUGCGACUAUGUCUUUGUCAGUGGCAAGGAGUCCCGGGGCUCCAUGAAUGCUGGCGUCUCCUUCAGCUACGAGCACCUCAGCGCCCUUCUGGAGAUGACCGUCUGGAUCCCCAAAUUGCCGCUGCACAUUGAGCUGUCCGACCCCCGGCUCAGCCAAGUGAAGGGUUGGAGGGUCCCCAUUCUGCCUGAUCGGAGGUCAGUUCGGGAGAGCGAGGAUGACGAAGAGGAGGAGGAGCGGCGACAGAGCCGGGGCUGUGCCCUCCAGUACCAGCACGCCACUCUGCAGGUCUUCACCCAGUUCCACACCACCUCCUCUGAGGGCACCGACCAGGUGGUCACCAUGCUGGGCCCGGAGUGGAUGGUGGAGGUCACCGACCUGGUCAGCGACUUCAUGAAAGUGGACGACCCCCGGGUGGCGCACAUUGUCAACAGUAACACCCUGGCUGGCCGGGAACCUGGCACCACCCUGUUCAAGGUCGUGUCUCCGCUGACGGAGGCUGUCCUUGGAGAGACCCUGGUGACAGUAGCCGAUGAGAAGGUCGGCAUCAUCGAACUGCAGGCCCAGGUGAUCUCGAACCUCUCCCUCUCGCUGCAGCCCAGCCCUGGAAACAGCCACACCCUUGUUGCCAAGACCACGGCCCAGCAGACCCUCAACUUCUCCAAGCAGGAGGCCUUGUUGAGUCUUUUGAUCUCGUACAGUGACGGCACCACAGCUCCCCUCUCCCUGUAUGACCCAAAGGACUACGCACUGGUUGUGAGCAGCCAGAACAAGGCAGUGGUGUCGGUGAUGCCAGAUCGGAUGUUCCCGCUGGUGGUGGCGGAAGGCGAGGGGGCCGGCGAGCUGGUGAAGGUGGAGCUGAUGAUCUGUGAGAGCUGCCAGAAAACCAAACGCAAGAGUAUGUUGGCCACUGCCCUGGCCAGCGUCCAGGUGCACUUCAGUUCAGAGGAAGAGCCCACCUACGACUAUGAGCCUGUGCAAACUCCCAGCAGGCCCAGGCGGGAGAAGGGGACUCCAGGCACCCCGCCGCGAGUGGAAGGCGAGUGGCCGCUGGGGCCCAGCCAGGAGAGUAAGGGGCCGAGCGUCAUUCUGCCGACUGAGGAUUUCCCCACCAUCCCCACGGGCUACGUCCAGGUGAGCCGAGGCCUGACGGACUUAGAAAUCGGCAUGUACGCCCUCCUCGGGGUCUUCUGUUUAGCCAUUCUCGUCUUCCUCAUCAACUGCAUCGUCUUUGUCCUCAAAUAUCGGCACAAGCGGAUCCCGCCGGAAGGACAGACCAACAUGGACCACUCCCACCACUGGGUCUUCCUGGGCAACGGGCAGCCCUUGCGGGCCCAGAAUGACCUUUCCCCGCAGCCCGAGAGCCCAGGCAACCCGCUGGAGAACGUCCAGACCUGCUGCCACGGGGACCACCACAGCAGCGGCUCUUCGCAGACCAGCGUGCAGAGCCAAGUGCACGGCCGGGGGGACGGCUCCUCGGGGGGCUCCACCAGGGACCAGAGCGAGGACCCGCUCAACUCCCCCACCUCCAAGCGGAAGCGGGUCAAGUUCACCACCUUUGCCACCAUGCCUUCCGAGGAGCUGGCCUAUAACUCGAUCCCCAUCGCCGACGAGGAGGAUUUGGAGUGGGUCUGUCAAGACAUGGGUCUGCAGGACCCCGAGGAACUUCACAAAUACAUCCAUAGGAUCAAGGAGGUCGCGUAGCCGGGCGGACCCAACGCUUACAAGCCAAGGAAGUAGGUGGCGGGGACGGAUACACGGGGCGCGCUCUCUGCAAUUGGAUCAGAUAGAUGCCAUCAUUUCCCUCUGGCACCGGUUGGGCUCUCCUCCAACCCUCUUCUAAAUGGACAAGUCCGAGUGUGGUCCCAGCGAUGUCCGGAGGGGAACAGGAAACCAUCCCAAGCGACGGGAUGAGACCUGUUGCUUGGAGGAAGUCCCGCCUUGGGAAGCUGUGCUACAGCUCUGGGGCGACCUGUAGAGGGCAAGGGGACGUAGCCACGUUGGGCUACCUGGUGCUCAUGGUCUGUAGCCAAGUUUAAAAUGGGGGGAUGAUGUCCUCAUAUGGGAUGAGAGGAAAGGGGGCAUCCAAGCCACUGUGCAGAAUUCUCUGGAACAUGGAAUGAAUCCUGGCACCGGAUUGGUCGCUUGGGGUGGCAUCACUCCUUGCCUUCCCAUCAUCCACUGCUGCCUUUGCUACCUGCCUCCAGAAGGCAAUCCUUUGACCACCCCCCUCAGCUUUUCUUUUCUUGCACAAUGAACGCUGACUCUAAACUCAAGAAGUGAAUUACAUUCAGGGAUUCUGCCUAGUCCGGUGGGACCCACGGUGGGACCCACGAGGGGAGCAGACCCGAACUGCGGAUGGGACGCCUACACCAGACUGCUGUCAGCUAACCUUAGACCUUGCAAGGAAGGAUAAACUCACUGUUGUGAUACGAGGAGGAGAGGCGGGGAAUCGUGCCGCCCCUGCUGUUAUUCCGAACAGUGUCUGUCCUCUCUAGUGCCUGCACUGUCUUGCCCGUAACCUGCAUCUCAGUUUGCCCCAGAUGGGAUUGGUUGGCCUUAGACACAGCCUUGCCUCCCAGAUUUCAGGAACGGAGGGUGGGAAGGAGGAAGAGGACAGGGCAGGUUUCAGAAACCUCCAAGUACACAAGUCUCUCCCCCAAAAAGGGUGGAAUCAAGGCCCCUGGCAGAGAACAGCUAGCUUCAAAAAGGGGUCAGGCCUCCUUAAAGCGGGACAGAUUCCACCCAUCCAACUCUUUCCUCUCCAGUGCCCAUCCAUGGUUCAAUUGGGCGCUGAGGCUAACCCUCAGCCUCCCCAAUCAGUGACAAGCGUAGUGGUUGUGUACCUGCCCCUGGCUCGGUGUUGAAGAAGGUCCCCAGUAAGAUAACACAGCUCUCAAGUAGAGAGAGAGGUCCCCCCCAAAAAGGCCAUCUCUUCUCUUUGCGCACUCCUCUCUCAUUGGCCAAGGUGCUGUGAUGUCAUAGAAUGUGGGGAACGAAGCUCAGCCAAGGCUGAGGGGCUGUGUCAUGAGGGGCUCCUGUCAGACUAGGAUGACGGGGAGGAAACCAUCGAAAAAGGGGUAGGGACCAGAGCGACGGGGCACUGUUCAUGGGCAUAUGUAUGAGGAGGGCUGGAUUUCACAUUUUGAUUAAAAACAACAAAAACAAAA